UUUAAUGUGUUUAAAUUUAUUCAAAAUUAACUGGCGCCCGAGAAAGGACCAAAGUCAAAGAAGUCAAAGGAUAAAACAUCUUUUCACAACCACCACGGGACCAAACGGGAGAGAUCCAGGCUACAAAGAAGGGCAGCCAUGCAAAAAAUAGCAAUAAUUAUCUUACUUUUAUUAUGGCUGCCAAUAGCAAUGGCAAAUCUAGACGUUACGAACUAUACGGACACGCAUACCAUUAUACUCUAUAAAGGAAUAAGGAAAUUACAGACAUCAUCUAUAAAAUUAAUUCACUUAAUAGAUGUUCAACAAAUAGAAAUUGAACUGCUAAAAAUCCAAGAGCAUACUGUUAAAGAUCUUUGGCUAAAUGAGUUAAGCUUCCCGCCCUCACGCGCCACUACACCACAUAACACACCACUCACAAGCAACACUGGCACCACACAACACCCCACUCACAAGCAACACUGGCACAUACACCACACCUGA